AUGGAGGACUCCUUCAUUCAAUGCCGGGGUGUGGUCAUCGGCACCUGUCCGAAGACCCAUGACCCCGAGAACGGCAGGAAUAUCCGGAUUUGCCGGCUGCCGGUCGAGGCACGGCCCCGCCGGGGUCUCCAGUUCGCGGCGCUGUCGCGGGAGGCCUACGAUGUGGGAGGCCACGUGACCUACACCUCGAGCCGGGUGACCCUGACGGUGACGCCCGACGGGUGGAUCUGCGGGCAUUCCACCCGGGAGAUGCAGGGCGCCAUCGAUCUGUCGGCCGUGCGCUUCUGCAAGACGGGGGGCCUCUCCUUAACGGACGAGGUCACGCUCCACACCGUGGAUGUGGGCGGUUCCAGAUUGGUUUGCCUGCAGGGCCACCUCCACGAGUGCUUCUUUGCGUCCGACUCCAAGCGCCCGGUGGCCAUGCUGCCCGAGUCCUGCCGGCCGCAGGAGGUGCUGAGCUUCGUCACCGCCGGCAGUGGUCCAGGUGCCUUCCACUUGGUGCAGUUGCGGCCCAUUCGAGGCUCCGGGAUCGGUGGAGACCUGAUGUGGAAGGAUGGCGUGUGGAGCCAUGACCAGGUACAUCUCACUGGCAUCAUGUAUGAGGUGAACCCCGACGCGCUGCAGUUCUCCUUCCUGGAUGCCUCUUGGACCCCGGAGAUCUUGAGGAUUUUCGUGGCCGAGUUCCAGAAGUUCCUGAUUUCCAAGUUCGGCGGCAUCGAGGAGGCUUGGGACGAGGCCUUCGACCUCACGGGCGAGGGCGUGGUGAACUUCACCCAGUUCAGCAUGGGCUGCAAGAAGGCAGGCUAUGUGGGAAACGCCACCCGCCUGUGGGCUGCCUUGUGCGAGGACGGUGGGGGAGAGAUCAAGCUAGAGGAACUCGCCAGGGACUAUCUGAACCCGCCUGCGGAACCGCAGCCCGAGAGCGAGGUGACUCGGCGACCGUCGCUGGCGGCCAUGCUCUCGGGCCUGGAGGAGUUGCGCGGAGCCGCAGGGAUGGACGAUCGGUGA